UCAACUCUCUCUUCUUUCACCCACAAAAAGGGUUUUUUCUUUUCUUCAUCACAUUCUACACCCCAAAGUUUUAAUCUGUUUUUAUUUGUUCUCUUCAAUUAAUAUAUUGAAAUACCAAAAAAACCUUGAUUGUUGUAAUGGCUGAGUUCAAGAGUAAGUUAAACAAAGGUCACGCCUUUACAAGCAAAUGUGCUUCCUUGGUGAAGGAGCAACGAGCUCGUCUCUACAUUCUUCGUCGUUGUGCUACCAUGCUUUGUUGCUGGUACAUCCAAGGCGAUGACUCUCCUUUGGCUGCUUGGCAAAAUCCUUUCACAAGAAACUUGACUCUCUCUUCUGAUAUAUUCUGGUGCAAAACCCUUUUACAAGCCUACAAGACAGAGAGAGAGAGAACAAGAGAUUUAUCCGCCAAGCGAGCCGGAGUUUUUACUGUGUCUGAGACAGAGACAGUGGAGAUGCUAAUUCUUUAAGAAAAAUGAAGAUCUUUGAAGGGUUCCUUAUGAUUGGUUUCACUUUGGACCGGAGAAGACUGUUUUGGUUUCAUCAGUGACAUUUCCUCUUUAAAAUUUCAGUUUUGGUUCUUCUUUUACUGCCUAAUAAUGUAAUAAGACCAAAUAAAUAAGUCUAUGGUUU